ACUGUAUUUAUUUUUAUCAGUUGCAGAGUAUAGCAAACCAGCUCCUUCUUUUUCUUUGGGGAGUUUCUUCAAACACCUCUCCAUCUAUUUACUUUAUUUAUCUCAUCGAAACUCAUAAUCCAAAUUUCAAAGCUCUCAUGUAUUUGGCAUCAUUGGAUUGAGUUUACGAAUCUUCACCUAGCUGAAACCAUGGCAGUCCAGGUAAAUUCUGUAACCCGUGUAAAGACUCGUUAUCCAUCUGAGUUUCCUAAAAUUCAUCAUGGGUUUUCCAAUGAAGUACCAUUAAAGUUCCAUUUUUUUGAAGUUGUAAAGGAUUUUCCUAGACUGUUAGCAUCUAGUCGGCAGCAGAUGGCAAUUGCACCGAAAGAAAAUGGUGUGUUCACGUUGCCAAGCUGGAGGUCAGCUAGGAAUAAUGACCUUAGGGCCAAAGAGAUUAGGAUGAAUGAUGCAUUUUUGUACUUCGAGUACAUGGUUGGAAAGGGUCAUAAGCCCGAUGUGGCUCAAGCAACCCAAUUGCUGUAUGAUCUUUGUAAGUCUAAUAAGCUUAGGAAAGCAACUAGGAUGAUGGAAAUGUUGGCCGCUUCAGGCAGCAUCCCUGAUGCAGCUUCUUAUACUUUCUUGGUGAAUAAUUUGUGUAGGAGAGGCAAUGUUGGUCAUGCCCUGCAGUUAGUUGAAAAGAUGGAAGAAAAUGGUUAUCCAACUAAUACUGUUACUUAUAAUGCACUUGUUAGAGGGCUUUGUAUGAGGGGGAAUUUGGAUGAGAAUCUUCAGUUUGUAGAAAGGCUAAUUAAGAAGGGGUUGGUACCGAACGCGUUUACUUACUCGAUAUUGCUUGAGGCUGCUUAUAAAGAAAAGGGUGUCGAUGAGGCAAUGAGGCUGCUGGAUGAAAUCAUUGCGAAAGGUGGGAAGCCUAAUUUGGUGAGUUUUAAUGUUAUAUUGACUGGUUUGUGCAAAGAAGAUAGAGUUGAGGAAGCCAUAAGUCUUUUCAGGGACUUGCCGAUAAGAGGGUUUAACCCGAAUGUUGUGAGCUGUAAUAUUCUGUUGAGAGCUUUGUGUUAUGAAGGGCGUUGGGGGGAGGCGAAUGAACUGCUAUCUCAGAUGACCGGAGAUGAUCGCUCGCCGACCAUAGUCACUUACAAUAUAUUAAUCGGCUCCCUUGCCUAUCAUGGACAAACUGAUCAUGCCCUCAAGAUCGUGGAUGAAAUGCAUAGAGGUGGGCAGUUGAAACCGAUUGCAGCGAGUUACAAUCCUAUCAUUGCACGUUUGUGCAAAGACAGGAAGGUGAACGAUGCGAGAAGAUGUCUUGAUGACAUGAUGUACCAUCAUUGCAGUCCUAAUGAGGGCACAUACAAUGCAAUUGCUGAGCUUUGCAAUGAGGGUCUGGUGCAAGAGGCAUUUUCAGUUCUUCAAACUCUGAGGCCUACAAACAUUUCUUCCAUGCAUGAUUUCUGCAACACUCUGACUGCGAGCCUCUGUAAGAAAGGAAACACAUAUGCAGCAUUUCAGCUCCUGUAUGAGAUGACUUCUAGUGGGUUCACUCCAGACUCCUAUACCUACUCAUCUUUGAUAAGGGGAUUGUGCUUGGAGGGGAUGCUUGAAACCGCGUUAGAUAUUUUCAAAAUCUUGCAAGCAAGUGGUUACAGGCCUGAUAUAGAUAACUGCAACGCUCUUGUACUUGGGUUAUGCAAAUCUCACCGUGUAGACUUAGCGGUGGAAGUUCUUGAAAUGAUGAUUGAGAAAGGUUAUAUGCCUAAUGAGAUAACUUAUACCAUAAUAAUUGAAGGGAUUAUUCGCGCGGAAGAAAAGGAAAUUGCUGGGGAAGUUUUGAGGGAAUUAAGUCAGAGACAAGUCGUUAGCAGGAAUUCCGUUGAGCGAAUUGUUAUGCAAUAUGACAUAUAGGAUUAUGUAUUUUAUUGAAAACUAUUUGAAGCUGACAGUUUUGCAGUGAUGAAGAACAAUGUGAUCUGUCUCACCAGUUCAUGGGAUAGCUACAUUUGAGUUCUGUCUACUUCCUUCAAAAGAACUACAGUGGGCAUGAAGGCUUUUUAUGGUGAACACUGAACAUGGCAUGUUUGCCAGGAUUAAGGUUGAGUUUUGACCUUAUAAUCAUUUAAGGCCAGAUCAAAUAAGUUUUGUUCCAAUUACGCGGAUUCAUUUAUUUUUCUUAUGAGAAAGCAGGAAUCCAUAGAGAAAAGUGAAGAUGGAUUUGGCAUUACAGUUACAACGAUUUGAUUGCCGUGUUCAGUGUAAAGAUAGAGGAAAUAUGAGCUCUACUUUGGACAGUGAGUGCAGAAUAUUGAAAUGGUUUAUUAGAGCUUUGCCUACUUUAUAGCUAGCGAGUUAUUUCUGCAGAUUAAUUUGUAUUCCCCUUGUAAAACCAAGGACUCUACUCUGUACAAAAUAUGAAGAUAGAAUGAAAAUGUGAACCAAUUCAAAAAGAAAAACACACGAUACGAGCUUAACUAAAAUUAUAUAUUUGAAAGUUAUACAGGUAGC